AUGGGAUCGGGCGCCGCAAUCCCCCAAUGGACCUCAGAGCCUUGCAUCAUGGGCAUCGAUGAAGCUGGCCGAGGCCCUGUUUUAGGUCCAAUGGUGUACGGAUGCUUGUACUGUGCUCGCUCGUAUGAGAAGACUCUCUCCUCUUUGAAUUUUGCAGAUUCGAAGACACUGAAAGAAGAGAAGAGGGAGGAAUUAUUUGAGAAUUUGAAGGAUGACGAAUCCAUUGGGUGGGCUGUUGAUAUCAUAGAUCCAAGGGAACUUUCGGCCAAAAUGCUGAAGAAAAAUAAGAUAAACCUGAAUGAAAUCUCACAUGACUCGCCAUUGGCCUUAUCACUAAAGUCCUAA